AUGAAAUUAUUUGUUACUAUUUUAUUAUUAUUGUCAACAUUUUCCUUUUUCUCCAAUAGUCAAAGUCUUGAAGAAGGAAUAUUUCUUUCUUUGAAUCAUGAAUUUAUUGUGGAUCAAAUAACAACGAAUCUUAUUCCAGGUAUUGCUUAUGUAGUCGAUAACAUGAAGAUUCCUGAUCAGGAAUUUAGUGAUUUGGGAAUGACAUAUAAAUUCUAUGAUAUCAAAUUGUCUCUCAAUAAGGAUACUCCAUUUUCAAAUCCAGUCUUACAGACUAAUUCACCUCAAUUUACUCUUGGAUUAUUGAAUAUUAAAAUUGUAAAUAGUUUUACUGGACUUGAAGUACUUUCUCAAUUGGAUACUUGGGAUAAAGCAGGAACCACGAUGACAUAUGGAUUUCGUCUUUAUAACAGUUACUCUUGCGUCACUUCUAAUGUACCUAUAGUUACUAUUGUAGAAGGUCCAAACUUUGUCACUAAUUUUAAUAUGGAUUUCUCAAGUGAAACACCAUCAAUUGAAUUCACCAGUUCAAUGUGUAACCUGACAUGUGCAACUAUUGAUAUCAUUGGAUCAGGACAUACUUGUGGAACUUGUGCAGGUGUAAAAAAAGUUAUCGAAAUUGGACUACAUAAAAACCUUAAAAAAAUUAAUGAUGACAUUAAUAAUGAAUUGAAUAAAGAGAUAGCUCCAAAUAACAGAGGUUAUUUAUUUUCAGGCCUAGUGGAUAAUUUAUUGUAUUACACAAUUGGAAUGAAUGGUACAUUUUUCACAAAAGAGAGAGAAAAUAUUCCAGCUUUAUAUACUCCACAGGUUUUCAGCUCAAUGUCAUUUAUUCCUACUGAUGGUGUAGCCAUUUUCACUCAAGGUGCAGUUAAUUCUUUUUUAAAUGCUAUCUAUUUUGAAUUUCUUUCUCCAGAGUAUAUCAUUCAAGAUCAUUUUGCUUCAAUAAAUUUAAGUACUUCAGAUCCAGAUUUACAAGCAAUCAUCCCAUUCUUCGUUCAUAUUCCUGAUCACCAAGUUGAUGUAGUCAUUACUCCUUUUUCAAAUUGGGAUAUCAAUAGAGUUUCAUCUUCUGGCAACGAAUUCGUAAUGUAUAUUUCAAAUCCAAUUAUUCUUGUGUCUUUUAUGGUAUAUGAUAUGCCACAAGUUUAUGCCAAUAUUUCAUUAAGUAUCGAUACCAUGGCUAUCAUUAACAUUGAUAUUGAAGAUAAUAAAGUUAAGGUCAACUUUGAUAACACCAAUUUUGAUACCACUAUCAUAGAAGCUCCUCAAGGAUUUAGUUUAGAGAAUUGGACCGAUGUCACUAAUAUCCUCUCUUUUGAUCUUCCUGAUAUCUUAAAAAAUAUUAUGGUAUGGUACGAUCCCUCUGAAGAAAUCGUUAUAGCCAACUUCCAACUAUAUCCAGAUGCUCUUCGUAUUAGAAAUCAAUAUCAUGAAAUCACAAAAAACCUAACAAUUCGAUUCUUUGUUGAUUCAAAUGCUAAUAAUGUUUUCGAUUCCAAUGAAAAAUUGUACACCGGUCACUCAUGGGUUUCAGUUCAAGAUUCUUAUUCUAAUAAUAUAACAGAUUUCAAAUCUUAUUUUGGAAGUGAAAUUGUUAUUAGAAAUAAUGAUGAUUAUCCAUGGUCUCGCAAAGUGAUGAUUUCAACAUUUGAUAAUCACUACCCAAUUUCACCUAUUUUCACAAUCGAACCAUUACAAACAGGUGUCAUCUAUAUCCCAAUAUUUGAUGAUUUUGAUUGUGAAGAUUGUUUUUGUUUUGGUCAAAUCAAAUCAGAAAGUCUUGUUCUCCAAUUUAAUACUGGUACCUACAACACCUCUCAUUUUGGAUAUUGUCCAACGAUUAACUCUCAUCUCUGUAUCCAUUAUUCUGUUCUCGAUUUCCCACCAUAUUGUGAUGUCGAAUUGAACCCAGAUGGAAUACUCACUGUUUCACAUUAA